UCUGGUGUCUUGGUUCUGCUUGACGAGGAGCUAGAAGCUCGCUGUGGCUAUGUCCUGUCAAAUGAUGUGUGGGGUAAUACCAUAUUCCGGGCUUCUUUUCUUGGCUGUCAUGUUAUAAAUGAGAUGGAUGAAAAGUUCUCUCUUACUUUAAACAUCAGAGUGUCAUUAUUCCAAGACCUGAGGGCAGCUACAACCUACCAACACCCUAUGCGCUGCUCUUACCCCACAUGGGCUCCAAGGGAAAUUCUGUGUGAAGAGAAUUACAUGGAGGUAUCAGUGAAGACCGAUGUCCCUGUGAUUUCGGAUUAUGAGACUGCAGAAUGGAUGUCUGCAUUGCCUGAGGCACGAAAAGUUCUGUAUCAGAUAUGGCAGCUGAUAUUCUAUUCUCCUUCGGGGAGAAAGAAAACAUUGGUGAGUGACGCCGACAAGCUUGGCUACAGUUUCAAUAAUACGCUGUCGAGAGUGUUCCUCAGGUCUCCCUACUCCACAAAUGAAACAGAACAUUCAGUGGCUAAUGGGGUCACUAUGAGCACAAUCAGCUCCACUUCCAUGUACAGACAAAGGUGGCUGCUUCUGUUGAUUGACACCACAGUGUCAUGCCCAGUUGAUGGUACCAGCUUUACGGAUGUUGCCAUAAUAUGGACUGUGCCAAGUAUGAUCCCCCGAUUGGUCCUUCAAGAACCUACCUUUACAUCCCAUAAUAUAUCAAUGGCAGUUGAUGGGCAAAGAAUAGAGAAUCCUGAAAAUUUCGGUUAUAUGCUGGAUCGUAACAACACACACAUUGUAAUGACUAUCCCAAUUGGAGCGUCUGGGGGCAGGUUAAAGAGCACUGUAUCCAAUGGUGUCUAUGGGGCAGUAUAUAGCAUUGACUUAUUACUGGAGCAUACCUGGACAGAUACAGAUUGGCACUUGACCAAGUACACUGUGAUUAAGCAAAUCACCACACCCUUCAUGCCUAGAAUACCAAGAGUAGUCAAUAACACCGUUCCAGAAACACGACUCUUUGAUGUAACCUUGGGAGUCUUUCUUCAUGAUGUCAUUCUGGUAGCACUUAAAAUAGGAGAGGAACAGCUAUCCCGUAAGGAAGCACAGCAAAGGGGUUACAAGAUCUCUGACAUUCACUUCCCCAAUGGAACAAUAGGCUUUCAACUGGUAGUACCUUUUGACGAUCCCAACAUCUUAAGAGAGUAUGUGAACAAAAAUGAAACCAAGUAUCACCUUCAUGUGAACUACACUCUGAAUGUGGGACCUCAGCUGAAGUUGUAUCACCACCCUGCCGACAUAGAAUGCAUAAUUGCAGAUGUUGAACUACCAGAAGGCAUUGGGUACUGCGACAAAGAGAACAUGUAUUUAGCUGUUCCGAUUGCAGGCCUAUACAAAUACUGGAGCCUAUAUGUAGGCAGUAAGCCACUAAGUCAAGCCACUGCCUUCGCAGAUGGGUAUUUUGUUACUACAAAUGAUACUCAUCUAAUAUUGCAAGUGCCUCUCUUUGCUGUUGGGAUUAUUUAUGAGGAAGUGUCAUUUGAGAGAAUUCGAGCCAGGUUUGAUCUUCUUCUGAAGAAAACAAGCACUAUGGAGACUUUGGAUAUCUUCUCUGUUAGAUGCAAUUUUCACUCUUCACAAUUCAUAGUGUGCUACCCUAAUGGAACAGUAACCGUCUCUGCUCUCAUGAAGACUGUGCCAUCCAUUGACAUGGGCAAAACUAGGCUGAAGGACAGCACCUGUAGGCCUAAGGAGUUUACAAAGGAACAAGUCUUCUUCCAGUUUCAUGUUUCUACUUGUGGCACUUCACUAAGGUUUGAAGGUGAUCACCUUAUUUAUGAAAAUGAAUUAUUAUUUGAAAAAGAGACUCUUCCAGCACAGGGACCACCAACUAUCACAAGAGAUCCAGCAUACAGGCUGACUAUCUUGUGCUACUACCCAAUCAAAGAAACACUCAUGCAAAGUGUUGUGAUCUAUGGCUCCUCCUCCUCUUCUAGAACUCUUCCUACUGGCUAUGGCACAAUGAUGACUAGGACAAAUGUAGCAGGCCCUAGAAGAGCAAGGCAAGUUCUACAUAUCAUUUCAAGCAUCUUCAAAGAUGAAUCUUUCACAGAAACCCAUGGGCAGCAUUCGGUAGCUCUCAAAUACUCAAGGGAACCUGUUUAUCUUGAAGUCGAACUAAAAGAUGAAGCUCCUGGUGUUGAACUGUUCUUGGAUAACUGCUGGAUGGCUGGGUCUGAAGAGUUUGGUGCCAUUCCCCAAUGGAGCAUCAUUGAAGAUGGAUGCGAGAGCAAAGACAGUGGAUCUGUGAGCUUCAGCCCAGUUACUAAAAGUGACAGAGUGAAAUAUCCCAAUCACUUCAAAAGGCUGAGAAUACAGAUGCAGACUCUUCCUCUGAGAAAGGUAUACUUCCACUGUACUGUAAAAGUCAGCACCUGCCUUCAUCUGCCUGGUAAUGGUCUUCCAGAAGGACAAUGUUUACAAGGAAGGAAGCUUGGAACAUUUGACUAUACUUGCCAUACUUCAGAUCAGCGUUCUGAAAUCCACGGUUACGCAGUGGCUGGACCAGUCUUGGUUAUUCACUCUUGAACAAAUUAAGUAGUCGGACACACAGAUAUAUAAGAUAUAGCUACACAACCCUACUUGCUACGGCUGGCCUUUGGAUUUGGUGCAUUACCUGGGACUGAUUUAAAAUGUACAUAUUGGCUUCCUAUGGCAACACUUCAUAAAUAAAAAUCUGGAGGUGCAAAA